UCACAUUCACGUUCAGCAAGUCUGGAUUUCCAGGAGGAAACAUCUAGGCAGCGUUUGGAACCUUUGUAAGGUCCAAACUGGACAAUAAGGGCACAACAAUCUGACAGUCUACCUGGAAAUGGCUGGAAUGAUUCUAUGCUAUCAAAAGAAUAGUGUGCUUUGCUUUGUGCUGGUGAUGGCCUGGGAGGCAGCUUCUGGGCAAAUCCAUUAUUUGAUUCCUGAGGAAAUGGAGAAAGGUUCUUUUGUAGGAGAUAUUGCAAAGGAUCUUGGACUGAGCCUAAAGGAGUUAUCAAGUGGAGACACCCGGAUAAUUUCCAGAGGUAUGAAGCAAUAUUUUUCACUUGAUUUGAGAAAUGGACAUUUGUUUAUCAAGGAAGUAAUUGAUAGGGAGCAGAUUUGCCACCAGGCAGAAAAAUGUCUGUUAAAUUUUGAGAUUCUUGUGAAGGAUAAAGUGAAGUUUUUUAUGGCCAAAGUUGAAAUAACUGAUAUUAAUGACAACUCACCCAGCUUCCCUGUAGAAGAGUUUGAAUUAACAAUUGCUGAAAACUCAGGUCCUGGGGCAAGGUUUCUUUUACCAGGGGCUCAGGAUCCAGAUCUAGGGACUAAUUCUCUCCAGAGCUACCAUCUCAGUAGCAACAGACACUUUUCCUUGGAUGUACAAACUGGAGUUGAUGGGAUCAAAUAUGCAGAACUAGUCCUUGAAAAGCUGUUGGAUCGAGAAGAACAAAAAGUGCACCAACUCAUUCUCACUGCGGCUGACAAAGGAGAACCUGCCAGGUCCGGUACUGUGCAAAUCCGUGUUGCUGUUGCAGAUGUAAAUGACAAUGCUCCUGUUUUCAGUAAGCCUCUGUAUGAAGCGGACGUUAUGGAAAACAUGCUUAAAGGGUCGCACGUGUUAAUUCUGAACGCAACUGACUUUGAUGAGGGAAUGAACUCAAAGGUAACGUAUUCAUUCAGAAAAAUUUCAGACAAAGCUUCCAAAAUAUUCCACUUGGAUUCCGCAACAGGGCAGAUAUCAGUCAUUGGGAAUAUUGACUUUGAGGAAUCUAUAGCACAUGAAAUGGAGGUCCAAGCACAAGAUGGGGCUGGCUUGUCUACUCGCGCCAGAGUAGUCAUAAGAGUCACGGAUGCGAAUGACAAUCCACCAGAGAUUGCAAUUACACCACUUUUCAGCAAGGUUGCAGAAAGUUCUCCUCCAGGAACUGUAAUAGGUCUUAUAAAUAUAAAUGACAGAGAUGAUGGGGGAAAUGGAGAGGUCUCAUGUUCCAUACCAGAAGGACUCCCGUUUUUGUUGAAGAAAGCAUUUGACAAUUAUUACAACUUGGAGAUUGCAAGUGUCCUUGACAGGGAGAAGGUCUCAGAAUAUAACAUCACAAUAAUAGCAAGUGACCAAGGGAUUCCUCCCCUCUCGACAACUGCUUACUUCCCGCUAGAAAUAUUAGAUGAAAAUGACAACCCACCCACCUUUAAAAAUACAGCAUUCACUUUUUAUCUUGAGGAAAACAGCCACAGAAGUGAAUUCAUUACUAUUUUGAAGGCACAUGACUCUGAUUGUGAGGGAAAUGGCAGAAUAAUUUACUCUAUCACCGAAAGAGAUAUUGUGCAGCCCAAUGCUAAGAAAGUAUACUCAGAAGUGAAUUCCAAUGAGCUCAAUGGGACCUACUCUCAGCUAAGUGAGCAUGAGACUAAAGUCAGAAAUUCCUUCCUUCCUACCUACCUCUCCAUUAACUCUGAAACUGGAGCAAUCUAUGCCCUACACUCCUUUGACUAUGAAGAGAUCAGAGAGAUUAAUUUCCUGGUCAAGGCCCAGGAUGGAGGUUCUCCACCACUCAGCUCCAACGUCUCAGUGACUCUCUUCAUCCUGGACCAGAAUGACAAUGCUCCACAAAUCCUGUACCCCUCCCCUCCCACCGAUGGCUCCACGGGGAUAGAGCUGGCCCCUCGCUCUUCUGAGCCAGGCUACCUGGUCACUAAGGUGGUGGCCAUGGAUGCGGACUCUGGCCAGAAUGCCUGGCUCUCCUACCAGCUGAUCAAGGCCACUGAGCCAGGGCUCUUCACUCUGGGGCUCCACACGGGAGAGAUCAGGACGGCCCGUUUCUUCCUGGAGAAAGAUGCCCUCAAGCAAAGCCUGGUGGUUUUAGUGAAGGACAAUGGGCAGCCACCUCUCUCUGCUUCAGCCACUCUGACUGUGGUGCUGGCUGACACCAUCCCUGCAAUCCUCUCAGACCUGAGCAGCAUCUCAGUAUCUGAAGACUCACAAUCUGAUGGUGAGCUCACUUCGUACCUGGUGACUGCAGUAGCUGCUGUCUCCUGCUUGUUCUUCACCUUUCUGCUUUUGUUACUAGCUUUUAGACUUUAUAGGUGGAGAAACUCACAAGUGUGUGACUCAGGAUUUGGAAAUUUCAAUGGAGUACCUGUUUCACAGUUUGUGGGCAUUGAUGGUGUCCGGGCUUUUCUUCAGUCUUACUGCCCUGAUGGCUCACUAACGACCUGCUCCCAAAACAAUAAAAUUGUUUUUCCAAUUGGAAGUUGUACAGAUAUUCUCUCAUCUCAUCCACCUGCUGAUAAUUUAGGUCCUUUAUUAACUGUUGAAGAUCCAAGCACUGAUAGAGUACAACAAAACUCUGAGCAGGUGAGUUUCAUUUUCUAA